UCCUCACCUUCAAAACCUAACCAGUCAACCCAAGAAUUGGAGCACCACAUUCCCACAACAAUGGCUGCCGCCGUGGGUCUUCUUUCUUUCUCGCUUUUAGCCAUUGUUUUUGCCGUUUCCGAAGCGAGAAUCCCCGGCGUUUACCAGGGUAGUAACUGGGAAUCCGCCCAUGCGACGUUCUACGGCGGGAGCGAUGCCUCCGGGACAAUGGGCGGCGCGUGCGGGUACGGGAACUUGUACAGCCAGGGGUACGGAGUGAACACGGCGGCGCUGAGCACGGCGCUGUUUAACAGCGGGCUGAGCUGCGGCGCGUGCUUCGAGAUCAAGUGUGACCAGGACCGGUCUUGCUACGGCGGCCGCCCCUCCAUUUUCAUCACCGCCACCAACUUCUGCCCGCCCAACUACGCCUUGCCCAACGACAAUGGCGGCUGGUGCAACCCUCCCCGCCCUCACUUCGACCUAGCCAUGCCCAUGUUCCUUAAGAUCGCCCAAUACCGCGCCGGCAUUGUUCCCGUCACCCAUCGCCGGGUGCCUUGUCGUAAGCCAGGAGGGAUUAGAUUCACCAUCAAUGGUCACCGUUUCUUCAACCUAGUGUUGGUGACCAACGUGGCAGGUGCUGGGGACAUCGUUAAGGUGUGGAUAAAAGGGUCAAAAACUAACUGGAUGCCCCUUAGCCGUAACUGGGGGCAAAAUUGGGAAAGUAGUGCUGUUUUGGUCGGUCAAUCACUCUCUCUCAGAGUCAAAGCCAGCGAUCAUCGUACCUCUACGUCAUGGAACAUUGCCCCCUCCAACUGGCAAUUUGGUCAAACUUUUGUUGGAAAGAAUUUUAAAGUGUAAUAUACAUAAUUCAAAGAUUUUUAAAAAAGAGCUUUUGGCCAGUUUGCCAUUAUAUAUUCUUGUGUAUUUUUUAUUUAUUUUUGGGUAAGAGUGAAAUGGAGUGGUAAAAGGAGGGGGGAAAUGGGGAUAGGAGAAAUUUUGGGAAGUUUGUAUUGUGUUUGUCUCUAAAAACUUUUGACCCAGAGUGAUGUAUUCUGAUCUGUAAAUGCUUUGAAGUGACUGCAAUAAUAUGCAGCCCGCAGCUAGCUUACUUUAAUACCAUCAAAUGCAUUUUUUUUUUAUUAGUA